CUGUUUUUCCUAUCCAAGUUCUCAACAAGGUUGAUUAUGGCAGCUGUUAACAGACCUCCACCAGCUCAUCCAGGACCAACUGGAGGAAACCUACACACUCACAUUCACAGUGGUGUACCAGCCUCUGAGCAGCAAGAUCCAGGAGUGCACAGUGCCAGCCACGACCCAGCACCUUCAUCCCACCCUCAUCCACACAUCUCUGCCCGGCCUGUCGUCUAUGUCCAUGCUCCACCUCCACCCCCUUUCCUCCAUUACCAGUGGCCCAUGCCCUUCCCCUAUAACCCCUUUGCUGGAUUUCCAGGCAUGGGCUAUGGUAUGGUCAUGCCCCCAUUCCCUCCUCCUCCAUACAUGGAUGCUCCAGCCUACAUUCUGCCCCACCCUCACAUUCAACCAGUCGACUACAGACGUUUGCUCCAUCCCCCGGUCCAUGGUCCCAGUGCACUCUACCAGAACCCAAACCAGACCCGCAGAACUCGCCUGCCUCACACUGUCCCUGUUAGAGAAACUGUGAACUCUGAGGUCCAAACUGAACCCACACACAGAGGCAGAGGUGGUUACAGUGAGGGAAGCCCAUUUGUCAGCUCAGAAUCUGGACAUGGAACCGCUUCAAGCUCUCCAUCCUCCUCAAGCUCCAGCUCCCAAAAACAAUGCCCUGCCCAGGCAGAGAAUAACACAUCACCCAGCAGUAAAACAAAAGACAUCCAGGUUAAAAGGAGUAGCACAAGUAGCACAGUCAAACAUGUCCUACAUCCUUCAGGAACAAAUACUGUCCAGUCAUGUAUCAGAGAAACUCUGGAGAGAGAAUACAGGAGAACACAGAGGAGCUGUAAAGACGGUGUUGGUCGGGAGAGUGCCGCUCCUUGCAGAACCAGUCACUGCAAUGUGUGGUCAGUGAGUUCUCAAGAUAGUAUGGUUCCUGUAUGUAGCUCUUCCCAAAAAGAGGAUGAGGUUAUGAAAGAGAGACGCAUCUCUGUUCCUGACAUUCUAAUGAGUUGGAGAGGUAGCACGCCACAGGAGACGAUGCUGAAGGUGGCAGACAAGCUGCCUCAGAGUGACCACCAGCUGCAGUCUUAUGAAACUGAAGUAGAAUGUGAGAAGUCUGUUUGCCGGAGUCCAACCAAAAAUGGUCCAGUGGUGGCUGGAGGUGUUAAUGCUAAUGAUGAUACUGAGGUUAAUUUAAGCCCUAAAGAGAGUCCGUCCCUAUUCAAGGUCCUCAAACUGAGAGAAGCUCAUGAAGAGCCAGAGGCAGAAUCCAGGAGAGAAAAAGAGCCUGUGGCAUUGGUUGGCUCUGUGAGGCGCUGUCUGCCCUACAGAGAUGAACCCCAAGAUUCACCUAACAAAUCCCAGAAGCUUCCUGAUAAUGAGCAAGAAGAUGACAGUGAGACAAAUCCACAUCAAGACACAUCAGAGAUCAUUCCCUAUCAAAUGUAUGUAAAUAACUUUCAGCUGAAGAGAAAAAUGAAUGAGUCUGUUUGGUCUGUGGAAUCUCUGGCUCCCUUUAUCCCCACUAAGGAGUGGCUGCUGCAGAACAGCAUUUUUGAGCCUAAGGUCAUUGUUGAGAUGACGGAGGAGGAUGAAAAUGGUAGACCGUCAGCCAAAAAUGACAACCUAAUUGUCAAAUCUGGUAAAGACAGGAGGCAGACUCGCAGAUGUUCCUCCUCUGACUCUGUCCCGAUGUCAGACAGCUGGCUUCUUUUCAGUACCCCUGCUGAGAAGCUCGGUCCAUCAGAGAAGCCAGAAAUGGAGAGUGAAAUUGACGCCUCUGAAAUGAGGACACCAAAGCAAGGCCAGAGCAUGGCUCCUUCAGAAAAGGAUCCCUCGAUAUCCCCGACUCACCUGCCGAGUAAAUUAAUUUUGUCUACCCCCACUGGAAAAGAUGUGGACAAAGAUAGGUCUUCUGAACCUGAGGCUAAUCAAAGCCCAAACCAGAAAUCUUUCAUUGUAAAUGAGCAGCAGGAGAAAAGCUGCUCUCCCCAGCAGGAAGAAACUCUCCUCUUGAACUCUGCGGCAGGGGAGAACAUGUCACCUACUGGCCAAAACAGAGUGGAUGAGGAGGUAGAGGAGGAAGCAUGCAGGAAUGAAGUAGUCAGUCAGAUGACGGAGCAACUGUGUGUCCUGAUGGUUGACCAGAAGAUGGAUGAAGUGUCUCCAUCGAAGGGAAAAUUAGUGGAUUGUGGUGUCCAGUGUAGUGAAUUACAAGAGAAGUGUUCAUGUGAGGAGAUGAAGAGCAGCAUGGGACCAAAUAGAGGACAUCAUUUGAAGUAUUCAGAUAUGAAGAAAGCAAACAGCGGCCAGGCCGAAGGAUUCUGUAUGAAGGGAAACGGGCAGAGAAACCAGAAGAGGAAUGGUCACUGGAGGAACAGGGGUCAAGAAAAGCACAGCAACCAGCAGGAUAUCUACAAUGGAUACUGUGGCAAACCUGGGAAAUCACAAGGUGGAAAUGGAAGGAACCCACGGUACUGAGCAUUGACUACACUCUACAAGACGACUCUUGGUUUUAAAGUAUCAGUUUAAUAUUAACAUGAAUUUCAAAUUAAGAAUGUAAUAAACCUAUUUUUCAAUAAA